CGAAGAAUCAACAUUUAGUUGCAGAUGAUAACAGGAAAAGUCUGUAUGUUUGAGUCUGAAAAGCUACAGAAUAUGCCAGAGUUAAAUGUUCAUGUUUUGGUUGCUUGGGUGCCUUGUAGGUGUACAUAAAAAGAAAGAAAAGUAGACGUGUCUUCAUAUUGUCAGCAUGAUAAGCAAUAAUUUCUUCCUUUAAAGCUAUUACAUUCCAGCCUUUGUUUCUUUAUCCAAAAAACUAAAAAUGGUCCAAAAGUACCAGUCUCCAAUUAGGAUAUUUAAAUAUCCAUUUGAGCUAGUAAUGGCUGCAUAUGAAAAACGUUUUCCAACCUGUAAAAUGAUUCCGGUCUUCCUUGGUAGUGAAACUACAUAUGAGUAUAAUAGUGAGGAUGGUGCUGUCCAUAUAAUAGAACGGCGAUGUCGGCUCAAUGUUGAAGCUCCAUAUAUUUUAAAAAAGAUAAUCGGUGUUGAUGUUGUUUAUUUCAUUCAAAAAAAUACCCUUGAUCGUCGUGCCAGAACCUUGAAAAUUGAGGCUUAUAAUGAGAGCUUUGCAAAUAGAGUUGUUAUAAAUGAAAACUGCCUGUAUUCUGUACAUCCGGAAAAUCCUGAUUGGACAUGCUUUGAACAGAUAGCCAGCUUGGAUGUAAAAUCCUUUUUUGGCUUUGAGAAUGCAGUUGAAAAGUUAGCGAUGAAGCAGUACUCAUUAAAUAUUAAGAAAGGUAAAGAAAUAAUUGAUUAUUACAUCAAUGAACUUGCUUCUGAGGGCAUCACACACAUUCCACCUUUUCAAGACAAAGAGGGUGUUCCAGCUGUGGAAGUAAGUGAGCAAGAAGGGGCUUGUGGUGUUAAUUCUUCCCGGAAUAAUAGCUUGACGCAGGCUCAUUCAUCUGUAACAACACCUAUUUUGCAGGAAGGGCAUCCAACAGAUGCUAAUUUUAAAAUUGAAUCUGAAUACAUAAAAAGAUGUCUUGGAGAGCUAACACCAUUUCAAGAAUCAUGUCUUGUGCAGUUAAAGAAAUGGAUGGCAGAAGCUCAUCAAGGGAAAGUUCCAAGUGAUCAGACAUUAAUGCGUUUCUUACAAGCUCAAGAUUAUAAUUUAGAGAAAGCUCGAGAAAUGUUGUGCCAUUCUCUUGUUUGGCGCAAGAAAUAUCAAGUAGAUAGAAUACUCUCCACAUAUGACCCUCCUCCUGUCAUAAAACAAUAUUUUCCUGGAGGCUGGCAUCACUUUGAUCGAGAUGGUAGACCAAUGUAUAUUUUACGGCUGGGACAGAUGGAUGUGAAAGGCUUUAUAAAAUCUAUUGGUGAGGAGGGGUUAAUGAAAGUGACUUUACAUGUUUGUGAAGAAGGACUGAAAAGAGUUGAGGAAGCCACGAGGGAAACUGGUAAACCUGUGAGUUCAUGGACGUGCUUACUAGAUUUAGAAGGCCUUAACAUGCGCCAUUUGUGGAGGCCCGGUGUCAAGGCACUUUUGCACAUCAUUGAGAUUGUGGAAGCAAAUUACCCUGAAACAAUGGGCAGAGUUCUGAUAAUCCGUGCUCCUCGUGUGUUUCCUAUUUUGUGGACACUUGUCAGUACAUUCAUUAAUGACAAUACCCGUUCAAAGUUUAUAUUUUACGGUGGUAAUAACUACUUAGGACCAGGUGGAUUACUUGAUUUUGUUGAAAAAAAAUACUUGCCAGACUUCUUAGGUGGUGAGAGUGAGACCAAAAUAUCUGAAGGUGGUCUAGUGCCCAAGUCUUUUUACAUGUCAGUUGAAGAAUAUGAAAAAGAGAAAGCGGAGGGGCAUCACCUGUUUGAUGAUUCCAUGUACCAUGUUAUCAGUCUGGCUAAAGGCAAAAAGCAUUAGGUUGUGCUUUCUAUCACAGACAAAGGCAGUGUUAUCUGUUGGGAUUUUGAUGUUAUGAAGGAUGAUGUUACUUUCAGUGUAUAUCGAACUCAGCAACCCUUGCCACAGCCUGAAAAGGAGCAAAAUGAAGAGGAAAUGCAAGGUUGCGGCCAUCCUUCAUUGCCUCUUGGUAUGCUCACCUUAGAUGCUCCUGUUCAGAGUGUGAUACCAAAGCAGUGGGUGCUUGGAAAGGAUUAUCACAUUGUUGAAACUGUGAUCACUUGUAAAGAUGGUGAGAGCGUUCAGGGAUCUCAUGUGACUAGAAUGGAAGGCACAUACAUAUUGCAGUGGAAGCAUGUAGAUAAUGUGCAUCACCAUUCCUUUGAUUUUCCAUUGUCUUCUCAUAAGUCCAAGAUAAUGUAUUAUUAUGAGGUGCUAAAAUCUCAGGACUAUAAGGGAUCCAUGUCAAGCCUUCAAUCCUCUCAUAGUGGUACAACUUGUACUUCCACAGGAGAGCAGUCUGGGAUCAGCUCUUGCCCUUCAAGAUGAUAAUGAAACAUUACUUUUUCUUUUUUUCUUUAAAGAAAAUCUAUAACAAUAAAACAUGUGUAAUUUAUUUGGUAGACUCUUGGUUAUUAGUAUCAAAACUGAAGUUCCAUGCUGUUUAGAAUGUUCUUGCAUAAUAGCUAGACUUUCAGAUUGUCUAUCAGUAUGCAUGUUAUGAAACUAAAAAACACCUUUAAGAAAAGGAGGCUUUAAAAUGCAAGUUUACCUGUUUUAUUUAUUUAUUACCUAUCUUUAUUCUUUUGCAAAAUUAUUGCUAUUUCUCAAAAUUUUGAUUUGAUAGUAUUUUGUAGAAGAAUUUUAUUCAUGGCAUAAAUGAAUGAUUUAAUAUCUUUAGAAAAUGGUUUAAAAAACAACUUCAAGUUAUAUUAUAAAAUGAGUAUAUAACUUUUGAGUUUCUGAAAUCCCGGUGAAAAGAAUUUAAAAGCAAAAUUAAUAUAUAUAUAAGUGUGAGAUAUUUAUGUGAAUAGUCAUUUUAGCAAAUAGACGGGCAGAAUUUUUUUGUGUGCUGAAAGGUGGUAAUUGCAUCAUUGUUUUUUUCCCUCCUUGAAAAUUUGAUUGUGUAUGUAACACAAUAUAUAAUAUCAAAUUGAUUUUGCUAUAGAUAAUCGGAUGGAUGAGAGUGCUGUAAUAUUAUGAUGGAUGAAAGUAUUAUAAUUUUAGCUUGAAAUUUUUUUUGUUAUUCUCUCUCUCUCUAUAUAUAUAUAUAUAUUCUGUGUUUAAUGAAUUUGCAUUUAGUUUUUCUUUAUAUAUGUAUAUACAGUUUUUCAUGUGAACCUCACACUCUUUUUUUAGAAAUUGUGAAUUAAUGCAUUGUUGUAAUACAUGUGAAGUGUACUCAGAUACUGAAUGGUUUAAAAAGCAGAAUUUAGCAUUAAGAAAGCAUGUUGUAAAAUGUGAACUCAGCAAUUCUGCUGAUCAAAGCAUAGGCUUAAAUUAACAUUGUACUUUUAUUUUAUCCAUCAGAUUUGUAGAAUAGAUUUUAAUUUUGAGUAAGAUUACAGAAAUGUUUUAUUGAAGCAUAAAUUGAAUCCUGCAAAGGAUUUGUUAGUACUUGUGUUCUGCUUUAUUCAACAUGUCAUUAAUUCAUUGUUUAUUGAUUCCAUAUAUUUGGCAGUGAUAUAAGUUGAUGCAUGAAAAAAUAACUUAACCCCCUGAGUGGCAUGACUGCCUUUAUCUGGUCAUGGAAGUUUUUUCUGUCUUUAUAUAUAUUAGUUCAUAAUUUAAAAUAUUUUGCUUUCUUACUUUCUUACUCUUAAGGUAAAUAUCACCUUAAUAAAUGAAAGUUUAUGAAAAUAGAGAUUAAAAUAAGUAAUUAUUCAAAUUUUUGGUAUUAAAUGCAGUUUCAAUAUAGAUUUUCAUCAACAGAUCCAAAAACCUAUAACACUCAGAGGGUUAAAAACUGAUGUUCAGAUUUCUGUAUACUCACCAUUCAGUGAUUUUUUUUUUUUUUUUUUUAAUAUUUUACUUUACAUUAUUUGAGGAAUUGGGUAAAAAAAUGUUUUUAGAACAAUGUAUGAUGAAUUUAAUAAAGAGCAUUUUAAGAUUAAUGUUCAAAUAGGCAAAAGUGUUGAAAUUAUAACAUUGGCAGUAGCAUUCAGAUAGUGACUUAUUUAAAUUGUAAAGUUUCACACUCUGUUAUGUGAAAAUAUUGAGUCUUUUAAUAGCUCGGAUUGGAUGGAUGAUUGCAGAUUUUUUUUUAUGUAUGCCUGAAUGUAUAAUUGAGCAUACAUCUGUAUAAAAUGAGUUAAUGAAACACCUUCUUUUUUCAUACUUUUAUUUUACACCUGAUAUGAAAGAACUGUCAAUACAUAUCUUUAUUUUCUUUCGGCUUAAUAUUUAUGUUACUUUUGGAUAUUUGUGAGUUUAUGUAAUUGUUACAUGCUUUUUUUAAACUCUUUUCCCCCCUCCUCUUAAAUGCAUUUUUUGAAAAUGCAGAUGUCUGUGAACAAAGGGGAAAGAAAUCCCAUUGAAACUUCAUGUUUAGUAAGUAUCAGAAAAUACUGUGAUAAAAAGUAUAGAUUCAUUUCAGAUUCAAAUAUUUAAAUUAAAUAUUACAAAUUUUGAUAUUUUUAAUAAUAAAGUAUUUUUAAAGGUAAAUAAUUUUUAAAACAAAAUAUUUAUUUAUAAAAAAAUUUUAAUAGGACUGUGAUUUAAUGCUAAUUGUUUUCUAUAUAUUUAUUUAAUACUUAAAUUGCAGAAAAGUGGAAGAAUCAAUAAGUUCUUAUAUAUCAGAAUCCUGAGAUUGUUUCUCACAGUGCCAAGAGUCUACCAUGAUCUUUUUCUUACCUUUAUCUAUAAUAAGCUCAUGAACCAAGGACUUUGUACGAUGGACAAAUUCAUAUUUUUUUCCCAGAAGUAUGAUCUUCCAUUUACGGAAUGUGCCUGUAGAGUUUUUUUGCUUCACUGAAAUUUAACUUGAGAUGCAAGUUAGAAAAAUUAAUGAAAUCUGACACACACACACAUAUAUAUAUAUAUAUAUAUUAAUAUCAUUAAUUUUUCAAAUAAAAGGCAGAAUAAAUAAAAAAAAGUCUAAUAACUUCUAAAUUUAUAUAUAAUUAUUGUAAUUUAUAGAAUGAAUCAUAUAUACAUAUUCAUGGAAAGCACUUUGAUAUCAUUGUGCAUGUUGAAGACUUGGGCAUUAGACCAUGAAUGUGAAUUUUAUGAGCUUUGUUAUUUCAUAGCAAUAUAGAACUUUUCUUUUAUCCAGUAUUAUUCAAUAUUAUUCAAAUGUGUGUUAGAUAAACUUGUGUAAUGUGAUGUCCAAAAUUAUAUUUAUUUAACCAUUGAAAAAUGGGAUUGUCCAGAAUUUUUGCUGUCAUUUAAAGUAUAUAUUAUAUUACAACAUUUAAUUUUUGAAGAUGCAGUCAGCUUUGUACAUAAUGAUUAGUACAGCUCAAAAGAAAAGGAGAUUAAUUAGCCAAGAUAAUCAUUAAUUGCCAAAUGACAUGGUAUUGUUUCAGCUCUUAUGUAUGUGUGGAGCUUUAUCUGCAUAUUAUUGAAGGUCCCUUUUUAUUUAAUUUUUGAAUUACAUUUUCUUCUCAUCUUAAAUUUACAUAUUGUCACUGCUGCUGUAAUAGAUCAUUUAAAGGGGAAGGAUUUUGGGAAAUAGAGAAAACAAAAUAAAAUUGGACUGACAACUUAUUUUAGUAAUAGUGAAAAUGUGCAAUUUUUAUUCCUUUUUAAAAUUUCGAACAUUGAAUUAGAUAUUUUAUUGUUUUGCAAUAUAUCUGUGUGAGGAAAAUUUUUAAAAAUUUUUUGAAGAUAUGCAUUUUCUUAUUUUAAAAACAUGUUAACAUAGAUGCGAAUUCAUUUGUUUUUUGAGUUAAAAAAAUUAAUCUCCAUGAGACAUGAUCUAAUAUAGCUCCUCAGUGAAUUGUAUGAUAUCUACAGUGGUAUGUUUUAUUUUAUACAAAUUUUUGCUUUAUAUAUUCAUAUUAUAAGAAAAUAACAACAUUUUUCUGCAAAAUAGGUAUAGAACAUGAUAUGAAAUGUGGGAAGUGCAGACAGCUGUUAAUUAGCUGAGCCCUUUUUUUAAAAAAAAAGUCAUGUUUGUUUAUUGCAGAACAGUGGAAAAAUUGCUGUCUGAAAUAAAUUAACAAAACAUUUCCUGGGAACUACAAAAAAGGAGAAAAAUCAUAUAGGAAAUAGUAGUGAUAACAGAUGGUGUCAUAAUGGCUGUUUUUAUCUGCAGAAGGGGGUAAUUUAAUUGUGUAUAAUCAAACUAUAAACAUUGCUAAUGUAUUUUCUAGAUCAAAUUGGCUUAAUUGUUAAUAAUACUUUUAUGUAAAGUAUAAUGUAGAUUUUUCUUCUUCUUCUCCCCCCUUUUUUUGAAUUACUUUUUAAAUUAACAUUGAUUUUGAGUCAUUUGUGUGGAGAUUAUUCCCAGUUAUUACUACGGUAAAUCAAGCAUUGGUAAUAGCUUCAUAAAUAGCUUGAAAUGAUCAUAUUAUAAUUAAAUCAGUUGAGAAUUGCUUUAUAACAGGUUAUAUAAUUUGAGAAAUGCAUCACAAAGACUCAAUACAGCACUUACUCUCUUAUAAAUACAGAAAGAUAAUAUAUUAAGUAUAUUCAGAGCUUGAUGAUUUAUACAUAGACGCACAAUAAAUGGCAUUAGAUAAAAUAAUGUAGAAUAUGUUGCAGCUUUCUUUCUAUGUUUUGUUCAUUGUUUUGAAUAUGCUGUCUCACAGGUGCUAUUCAAUGAUUAUAAUCUAAAAACUUCAAAUAAUAAGUCAAUAAAAAUAAUCCAGUAAAAUAAAAUAUUUCCUAAUAUAUUGGCUUUUUAUGUGUCUAAAGGAUGAUUUCAGAAGUUUAUCGCUGCUGAGGUAUAUGAAGUUGAUUUCAGAAGCAACAUCUAUUUUGUAAAUGUAAGAGCUAAAAAAUUGGUAGAUUUAAUGCAGCAAUAUGAGCAUGUUAUGAAAACAUUUGCAAGUUUUGAACUUUUGCUGUGAUGAAAAUGUUGCAAAAUGUUAUUGCAUAUAAAGUAUGAAUUCUUGCUGCAGGAAAAUACACUCCUCCUUGCUGAAACUAAGCAUCACAUUGAGAUUACAGAUCUGCAUUUUUUGCUGUUUUCACUUUGCAUAAAAUUUUUAAGCUUGCAAAUUAUAUUUCACUAAAUAGUGAUUUUGAAGCUUAAUAGUUUUAAUAUGGUGCCUCUCAUAUAAAUGACAUAUUUCUUCAAAAUCUAGAUGGAGGGAGGUUACAUGUGUAACAAAGAUUUUGCACCCUUUUUAAAAUUUUUUUAUAAAGAGGCACAGGGAAGAUCUUACAUAUAGAAAGCUAAAAUUGCAUGAAAUAUUAAAAUUUAAUUUUAACUAAUUAUAGAAAUAAUUUUCAUAUAUUAUUAGUAUUAGGCAUUAUAGUGGGAAAAAAUCAUUACUUUAAUAUAUGAAAGGUGGGAAGAAAGAAUGAUAUAAUAUUUUAGAAUUCAUAAAAUAUAUUUGCACAUUUGUGGUCAUAUAAAAUAGAAUGCACAUUAGUUCAUUAUCUACUACAAGUAUGUAGCAUUUAUUGCUUAGAUUGAAUUAGUUUUCUAAAAAAUUUCAAAGCUUCAGUUUUUUUUAUAGAUAUACUGCAUUUUUAAAACUUCAUGAAUAAAUGUAAAAACUAUAUUAAGCUUUUAUUAUUUGAUAGCACAUGGGUGCCACAUUUCUGCAACUGAAAAUUCUUCUUUUUAAAUUAUUUAAGGUUUAAAAAGUUAUUUCUUUAAAAGAUAAUCAGCUCUCAUAAUCAGAAACUUCAAACAAAGACUUAUUUUACUGUAGCAGUAUUCCAUAAAGCUCUUAGAUGGUCUUGUUGUAAAUGUUAAUAACUUUGAAGGGCUGCGAAUGGCUGGUGAUGGUUGUGAAAAUGGUUUCUUGUAGAAGAGCAAUGAAGUUUGUGAUGAUAUUUCUUUUCCUGCUCCUAAAUUUUCUGCAGAUUUAGGUCUUGUAAUCUCUUAUUUGCUUUUGAGCUUCUUUCAAAAUUGGGACCAAUUGUUUUUUUCUCCUCUUUUCCUGUUUUAUAUUGUUAAUGCUGUACAUUCAGCCUUAUCAUCAGUUAGGUGAAGUGUCUUGUUCUCUAAUUAUCUGCUGUAUUUUUCUGUUGCGAUGAGACCUUCAUUAUGGAACCCAAGUAGUUUUGCAAUAUUUACAGUUUGAGCUUCAAAUUUAAGACACUUAAUGUGAUAGUAACAUUUUAUGCAGUUUCAUGGAUUUGAUUCUCUGAAUCUUCUGCACUGUAUAGAAUUAUUUCUGUGAUGUGCUUCUAUGCAUUUUUAAUGUUGUUUGAAAUAGGAAAGUUUUGAAACCUAUUGAAGUAUGUCAAAAGAGUAGAUCAUCUUGCAGGUGUGUGGGUUCUAACUAAAAAGAAAGGUUCCCUAGAAGUGUGGCAGAGCACUUGUGUUAUGGUAACAUACUGUGAUCUUAUUUCAAAAAUAUAUAAAUGUUUAUGUUAACUUUGCUAAAUUGAUUUUAAAAGAAGUUUAAGCAUUUUUCAUUUUUAGUUAGGUUGUCUUUCUAAAAGUUGCAUUAAUAUUCUUUUCAUAGUUCAUAAAUUAUAGGAUGAGAUACUAAAAAGCAAAAAGAAAUUGUCUUUUUAAAAAUAUAUUACUGUAUUUAGGUUGAAUUUUCUAGUCCUUUUCUUAUCAUAAAUGUGACACCUGUGCAGUUAUAAAAAAAUAGCAUUUAAAAUUAAUUUUUGAAAAGUUUAUUCACAGAAGUUGGUCAGUAGGAAAUUUGAAAAGAAAAAGUUGAGUUUUAAAUAUUAAAAAGUCAUUCUUUCAUACUUCUAAAUAAUCCAGAUCAAACUAUUGCUGUCCAUGUUUCAAAAAUAUUUUCUUUAAAAUAUCUGGCUUUAUUUUUUAUUUUGCUACUGAAUUUUCAUAAAGAUAUUUUAAUCGGUGUGUAUAGAAAUAGUUUAAUAUUUUUAAUCUAAACUAUAGAAACUAUUAAAUCAAAAUAUUUCAUAUUUUACAGCUGCAUUUCAUUUUGUAACUUUGAGUGAAAAUAUUGUGCUAAACUAAAAAUGGACCAAAAUUUUAAACAAUAAGCUGUAUAAAUGUAUUUUAGAAAUUUUUUACUUUUAAAUUAAAAUUUGUAUGUAUAGAAUAUAAGAAAAGUAUAAAUAAUCUAGGACGGAGUAAAAUCUGAAGUUUAUUUUUGUGUAUUUUGUUUAGUUUUUUUUUGUACAUCGUAUGAACCAUACCUGAUGUUAAGAACUAAUUUUUCUUAAAGAUACAGAAAUGUGUCUGUAAGAGAGAGACACCGAGAGAAAAUGUAUCCAUAAUAAUAAUUUUUGUUUUGUUUGUGUGUGUGUUAUAAUUGCCUGCAAACUUUGGUAAGCAAAGGUAACUUUUGAUGACUUUUUGUUAUAUUGUUAAUUUAUAGUUACAUGAAUUCUUUAUUUAUUCAAAGUGUUGAUUUUUUUCUUGCCUUAUGACUGUACAAAGUUAUAAUAUAUUUAUAAGUUUAUCAUAGCAUCAUCAAAUUUAAUAUUUAUUCAUGUAAAAUGCAUUCUUUUAUGUUAUGCAUUGUCUUUAUAAAAGUAUGCAAUUUGUAUAAAAUGUAUGUUAUUGUUCUGUGGCAUUGUGUAAAGCUUUAUCAUUUUGUGUGAUUUUUACAUUAUGUGACCUAAUUAAAGUUUUUAAAAACAAAGAGACAAAAACAUUUUAAUUUAAAAUCCUUAUUUGAUGUAUUUUAAAAUUUAAAUGAAACUACAAAAAUAGUAAGCAGCUGUAGAUUAACUUUUCAUGGAAUGAAUACAGUAAUAAUUUAAUGCAUUAUUUAUCUCUAUUUCAUUUUAAUUUUGUUUUUAUUUUAUUUUAUUUUAUUUUAUUUUAUUUUUUUUUUUUUUUUUUUUUGAGGGGGGGAAGGGUCAUUUAACUUUGGGGCGUUUGCUUUCAUGUUUUUAACAGAAGUAAGAUCUUUCAACUAAUUUUUAUUUUACAACUUGUAUUGAAAACUAAUACUAAAAUUAGUAUUUAUAUACUUAUCUUGAAUUUUGGCUUCAUGUCUUUUUUAAAAUAUUAAAGCUGUACAGUUGUAUGUGCUUUUGCACUUUGUAUUUUGUAAUCACAGCCGCAAAACAUAUUUUGAAAAGUUUCAGCUCCCUCUUUUUUUAUUUACACACUUCAGUCAAUGUAUGAAAUGCACUUAUUUUUGAGGUACAUGAAAUUAAUAUUUAACAGUGGCUUUGUAUAUAUUAUUUAGAAUACAUGAAUACACUUUUUUUUUUUUUUUUUUUUUUUUGAAUAGCUGCUCAUAGGCAUAGGCACAUAGUGGAUAUGAGUGCUAAAUUAGAUGAGUAAUUUGCAUAUGUAUAUUUAGACCAAACAUGUUUAUACUUCAUUUACUGUAGAAAUUUGAACUGUAGUUAAUUCAGUAAAAAGGAAAUGUGUUCAGCCUGUAAACUGGAAAAACAUCUGCAUGAAUAAAAUCAUGUGAUGUUUAAAGUCAAUCAAAACCAGAGUUCUGUAAAGUGUCUUCCUGUGGGGUGGCUUUUAUUGUAAAAUUUUUAAAAGCAACUGAGAAGUGCAUGUGAAAAUGUGAGAAAUAACGGAGAAAUGCGAGAUGUUAUAAUCUUCCAGUUAUGUGAAUUGUUUAAAUAUGAUAUUGUAUUGUUAUAUUUGAUAGGGAACAAUAAAAUUUUAAUUUUUCUUGAU